UAAAUAUAAAGCGCGUCCCCUAAUAACGUCCACUUGUGUCCAGAUCCCAAACCUGGGAACUUGUAGGACCCAGCAGCCCUCCCAUUCCCGGCUUCACCUGUUCGCAUUCACAUUUCUUGCCUCUUUUUUUCAGUCGGGAUUGUCUCCGAUCAGCCCCGACACCAUGACCAAAGUCCGCACGCCUCCAACCAUGCUAUGGUUCACCGGCUGCAGCCUGCUGCUCCUCUCCGCGCCCUUCGCCUGCGCCUCCCUGUCCGAGAUGGUGUUCCGCUGCCCGGGCUGCACCGCGGAGCGCCAGGCGCUCUGCCCGCAGCUCGCCGAGCCAUGCGCGGAGAUGGUGCGGGAGCCGGGAUGCGGGUGCUGCCCCGUGUGCGCCCGGCAGGAGGGCGAGGCGUGCGGCGUCUACACCCCGAGGUGCUCCACCGGUCUGCGGUGCUACCCGACGCCCGACUCGGAGCUACCCCUGGAACAACUGGUGCAAGGCCAGGGCCAGUGUCGGCGCAAAGUGGACACGGAGACGGUCACUUACAGCCCGGAGCAGCGGGAGCACAGCAGCGGUCAGUCAGUUCACUGAAAACCUCAAUCAAUU